AUGGCGUCCAUGUUCUCCGCUGCCGCGUCGUUUCUAAAUCGCACGAAUAUAUCGCAAAGCUAUACAAUCCUAACACCGGGACAAAAUGCUGCUCCACCAUCAAACUCGGGCCUCCCUUCACUUCCAGUUGGGCCACCUUUUCAAGCUGGAUUAUGGAAUAUACAACCAGCACAACAUAAGAUCAACGGAAAGCGAGUGAGCGUCUGGACAUUUGAAAAGAGGAGCCCAGAGAUGGAUAGAUUGGGACAACAAGCACGAGACAUGGUCCUCGAAGCGUUAAAGGCAGAAGCGUCUGCUCUGCGGCGACUGCGGCAUCCAUCCAUCCUUGAGAUGGUGGAACCGUUGGAGGAAACGCGCUCAAUUCUUACGUUCGCGACGGAACCGCUGACUUCAACGCUCCAGCAAGUCAUUCCGACAUCCUCCACUCAUUCGCGUAAUGCAGAUGAUAACAACGAGUUGGACGAAAUAGAGAUUCAGAAAGGCGUUCUGCAACUUUCCAAAGGUCUCGCGUUUCUCCACCAGUCGGCGAAAGUGGUCCAUACAAAUAUUACUCCGUACACGGUCCUUAUCAACCAGGCUGGAGAUUGGAAACUUAGUGGACUGGGGAUGACGAUCCCUCUCACGAAUCCCGACGGCACCCCGACACGCUGGGAGUUUCCAGAGAGUCAUUCGAGUCUUCCUUAUUACGUGCAGCGCAACUUCGACUAUAUGGCCCCAGAAUACGCAAUUGACGAACAAAUAUCGACUUCUUCGGACAUGUUCGCAUUGGGUUGCUUACUUUAUGCCGUACAUAAUAAAGGCUCCCCACCGUUUCGCAAUCACUCCAGUCUUUCAACUCUCAAAUCGAACAUGCAAUCGGGAAUACAACUGCGGGGCAUGGAAGGCUGGGAUCCAGAUCUUCGGAGUCUGCUAUCACAGCUCAUCACUCGAUCCCCGACCCACCCAAUUCCUCGACCAACGCCGGAGACCAUCCCCCAGAAUUCCUUUUUCAACUCUUUGCCCAUCAGUACUCUCAACUUUCUUGAGCGCUCGAGUUUCGCAUCAAAGUCGCGAGAAGAAAAGAUUGCGUUCAUGAAGGGGCUAAAUGGGGUCCUUGACCGAUUCUCGAGAGGUCUUCGAGAGCGAAAGAUCCUGAGCGCACUCCUAGAAGAGAUGAAAGAUCCCUAUCUAUUACCCUCAAUUCUUCCCAACGUUUUCACCAUCUCCAACGAUCUUUCGCCUUCCCAAUUCGCCUCAAGAGUGCUACCUACUCUCAAGCCUCUCUUCGCUGUCAAAGAGCCACCACAGAAUAUGUUGACACUUCUUGACAAUCUCAAGAUGUUGCAGGAGAAGACGGAUGCUGCCGUCUUCAAAGAGCAUGUUCUUCCGCUUGUAUACAACGCCCUCGAAUCCGAGCACACUACUGUAGUAGAACGUGCUCUCGCAAUUGUACCAGACCUCUGCGAAACAAUCGACUAUAACGAAGUUCAGAGCGUUCUUUUCCCGCGAGUUGCGCUCGUUUUCACCAAAACCAAAAUUUUGAGCGUCAAAGUUAAUACUCUGGUCUGCUUCCUCAGCAUGGUCAAAACCUUGGAUACGAGCAGCCUAACGCAAAAGUUGGUACCACUACUGGCCAAGAUUCGGACAAAAGAGCCAGCCGUGAUGAUGGCCACUCUGAAUGUGCAUGAGGCGAUGGGCUUCAAAGUGGAUCGUGAAGCGGUGGCUACGCUCGUGCUUCCUCAUCUUUGGACAAUGUCCAUGGGACCACUUCUCAACGUCACUCAGUUUGCGCGGUUCAUGAGCGUAAUCAAGGCGCUAGGGGAACGAGUUGAGAAGGAGCAUGGGCAAUACCUCCGCGAUUCACAACGCAACGAAGAUAGAUCGGCAAUAGCAGAUCCAUCUGGCAUGUCGACGCCGCAAAUGGGCGGUACUAUAGACUUCCAGAGCCUGGUGUCUGGCAGCGCUGCGGCAAAAUUGAAUGGAUUAGCAGCAGCUUCCACGAACGAUGGUGCAAGCACCGGCUCCUGGGAGGACGCUGUUUGGGGUAGUAUGCUUAGCGGGGCAGAGUCACCUCGGGCUUCUACUCCCAGCACACUGGUUAAACGUUCCACCAUACCAGCCCCGCCAUUGCAGCAUACUGCAGAAAUCAAACCAUUCUCGCCUUCACCUGCAUCUAGACCAAUCUCGACGCUAGGAACUACGUCAACAAUUUCAUCGCCAACUACCCACAACCCGUCUCCCAUCCUUCCACCACCGCCCCGCAAUAACCUAAACGCUUCGUUUCAUCGAACGCAAUCAUCGCUGUCCACAUCUUCAACACCCAGUAUUACAUCAAUUCCUCUUUCCCAACCUAUAGCGCCCUCGCCAUUCGGCAUGAUGGGUUCAUCGAGCUCAGUUAUGCAACCAACCACGACACAAUCAGCAUUCAAGCCGGCUAUUCCUCCACCACCCUCAAACAAGCCGAAUUACAAUAUCAGUAUUUCAAGCGCUCCAUCGACGUCAACGUCCAUACCGCCACCUAUUCCCUCUUUCCCUAUCAAACCGACAUCCUCACUUACUGGACCACGAUCCACAAAUACGCCUCCUCCACCAUCUAUGGUGCCUAUGAUGUCUACCAAUACGGGUAUGAUGGCGCCGGCUGCACCGUCUCAACCAUCUUGGAACGCUAUCGCACCGACCCGGAUGAUGCAGCCGAUGCAACCGAAGAAAGUGGGGAAAGAUGAUUGGGGUGACUUUGAUCCGCUAGCGUGA